AUGGGCUUGGAUGAUGCAAAAUUAGAACCGGUGAGAAAACCGUUAGUUGGCUUUGGAGGCACUGAGAUAGAACCAUUAGGAACCAUUGACUUGCCAGUUUCAAUGGGUGACGAGCCAAAAAGAAAGACAUUGAUGGUUAAGUUCCUGAUAGUGGAUAGUCCAUUCGCGUGCCAUGUAUCAGCGAUUGGUUUAUGUAGACGAUAUGCUAGUGAAGAGCUCGAGCUUGCCAGAUCACAUGGUUCACCUCGAACAAACCUUUGCAAUACUCAAAAAAUUCAGGAUGAAGCUCAACCCAGCAAAAUGUACCUUUGGAGUGUCAGGGAAAAGUUUCUGGGGUACAUGGUCAGCGAAAGAGGCAUUGAAGCAAAUCCAGAAAAGAUAGAGGCCAUUCUGAAGUUAAAGUCACCAACUACUGUCAAAGAAGUUCAAAAACUUACAGGUAAACUUGCAUCCCUUAACCGUUUCAUCAAAUCUUCAGAUAGAAAUCUUCCCUUUUUCAAAGUGUUAAGAAAGGCCAAGGAAUUUGAAUGGACGGAGGAGUGUGAGCAGGAGUUUCAGGAUUUGAAAAUCUACCUUCGCUCGCCCCCGUUACUUGCAAACCUGAAGGGGAAUGAGAUGUUGCAUUUGUAUUUGGCCGUCUCUAAAAAUGCGGCCAGUUCAGAGUUGAUAAGGGAAGAGGAAGGGGUGCAAAAUCUAGUUUACUACGUAAGUGAAAUGCUGCAGGGAGCUGAGAAAAGGUAUGCUGAAAUCGAAAAGUUAGCACUGGAAUUAGUGGUAACAGCUUGCAAGUUGCGACCUUACUUUCAGGCUCAUCGCAUAAUCGUAUUGACUAAUCAUCCAUUGCGUAAUGUACUGGCGCGACCUGAUGCUUCGGGGAGACAAGUGAAAUGGGCAGUUGAACUGGGGGAAUACGAUAUAGAGUAUCAAGCCCGGACAACCCUGAAAGGGCAGAUAUUAGCAUAUUUCGUGAUCGAGCUCGGAGGAAACCCUAGGGUUAGUAAAAAAUCGGGAAAAUGGAUGUUGCAUGUAGAUGGAUCUUCUAAUGUUGGCAAUGGGGGAGUUGGAAUAUUAAUUCAAGGUCCUGAUAAUGUUGGAAUUGAGAUCGCAGCACGACUAUCUUUUCCGACCACGAAUAAUGAAGCAGAGUACGAAGCUCUAAUUAUGGGGUUAGAGCUAGCAUUUGAAGCAGGUGCCAGGGAUUUAGAAGUAUACACAAAUUCUCAACUUGUAGCUUUGCAGAUUGAGGGGACUUAUGAAACUAAAGAAAAGAACAUGAUACUGUAUCACAAGAAAGCUAAAUCCUUAAUGUCUAAGUUUGAUAGAUGUCAAGUACAUCAGAUUACGAGAUGUGAGAAUGAUAAGCCGGAUUCUUUAUCGAAAUUUAGAGCUACCUUGUCUGGUGUUCGAGAUCGCAAGGUAACAGUAAUGAUCCAAGAUAGAUCUGUGAUCACUAAGGAGAUAGAGGUGAAUGCUGUUGAUGAAACACCAUCUUGGAAAGAUGAGAUCAUUCAAUACUUAAGAGAUGGUGUUCUACCAGAUGAUCCCAUACAUGCGCGCAGACUUAAAAUGAAUGCGGCUUAG